UCGUAGAACAGUGGGGCGUGGUGAAGUGGAGUUUUCUUGUGCCAUGUUAAUUGCAUUUAUUGUUCAAAAUUCACCUUCCUAAUUAAAAGUAGAUUAAUUCUCAAUUCAGGCGUUACCUAAAAGGAUCAAGGUGCCCUAAGAACAGCUUGAUAUUAUUAAUACGUUUGUUUUUGAGCAUUUUCCUUAAAAAAGUGUUUUGUGUUUCCUUAUUUGUUGUGCUUCAUGUAGUCGCCGUGACUUGGGCGCUCUCGUCGCUCAAAUGUCAUAAGAGUUCCGCAAACUGUGUAUUAAUACAAAUAUAACCAUGGAUUUGGAUCUAAGACGUUUUUUCACUUUGCUCUAUCAGUAUUUGGAAGAUGAGAACGCAGGACCAAGACAAUGCAACCAAUUAAUUAUGAACUUAAACGAUGUUUUAACACGAGAACAAGUUAACAUUCCUGAUUUGGACUUAUACCUACAAUAUUUAUUCAACAAAUCAGAAGGUCUUCUUGACUUCGUUACAAAAAUUGUGAAUAAGAAACAAUUCCAGUCGUCGGUUAUAUAUGUCUUCGAGAUAAUUUAUACUUUGAUAAAUAAUUUUUCUUCAAAAGUAGAGAAAUAUAUAACUGUGAUAUACGAUACAUAUUUCAAAGUCAUCAACUCCUCACUUAUCUCCUCCGAUACAAAAGUAAGAGCGUUAGAAGUGGCGACUCUUAGUUUUGAAAAAAUUAACAAGUGUUUAGAUUAUCCUGCGUGUUACAAUAAUGUGUACGCCAGUUUAUUAAGAAUAGUUAAUACGAACAAACUCGUCACAGUUCAAGAAAAAGUCUUCAAAGCCUUAGGAGCUUUUGCUAAGUACUUUCAAGAUUCGAUAACUAACCACGAAAGCUUGAAGUCCAUUUUUAUAAGUGCACUGAAAGCUGAAAUGAACAAGAAAGAUUUUUCUAAUGGGGUCGUCUGCGGUGUUUUUACUGGACUGGACCAUUUUUGUGAAAGUUUUCCCCUCGAUCCAAAGUCAAAAAAAGAUGAGACCGACAUUAACAACCUUUACAAUUAUCUUGAUCAAAUGAGAAUACCAACAUCUGAAAUAAAAAUCGCCAAUAGAGCUGCCUUAACGUUCCUUGGAAAUAAUAUGUCAAUAUUUAUUAAUUUAAUGAUUAAAAACAUCGGAAAUUGGCACAAAACUUUGUUAGAAUGGUUGGAUUAUGGACCUGAUGAUCAAAAAGUUGGUGUUUUCGUGAUUAAAGCUUUGUAUAGUGCCCUAGGAACAUUUUUACUAUCUCAGCAACAUACAGAUGUUAUAAGGUAUUUUAUGCAAUAUUUUAAUCAAACGUUCAAUAAUAACAAAGCUACUCAUUCCGAAAAAUAUCUGUGUUUGCACGGAUUUGUUUCAUUUUUACCACAGUUAAGUGAAGAGGAAUUCAAAAACACACUUAUUUUGAUAGUUCAGAACAUCGAACAAAGCUUUAUUCUUAAUCCAGAACCAUCGAGGGACGUUUUACAAAAUCUAUCAUACCACUUAGAGACUAUGAUAAAAUUCGUCCAUGUCGGAAAAAUUACAAACAGUGAACUUUUUUCAUUACAAAAAGUAGCAAUUUUGAUGAUUAAGGUUUACCCACAGUUGCCAUUUUCCUGCCACGCCGCUGUUAUAGAGGCUUUAGUAUCAACUUGCUACUAUUUGUUAUGCAACGAUGAAAAACUUUUCGAUAAUUUUGUGGACAGUGUGAUAUAUCGAGGAGUAGUUUGGUCUUGCUCGCAUCAGCACGUCUCAGAAGCUGAUAUUUUAGAAAAAGGUACACCUGGAGUACUUACUGUCAAGAAUUAUUUCAAGAUGUGGCGAAAAUUGUUGAGGCAUAAAUUCGACAAGAUGGGGAUUUGUUCGGAUAAUCGCAUAGACAUUUUGACAAAGAUUAUAAAUAAAUUAAUGAAAACUUUGCUGGUGUUAAUUGACAAACUCAAUGUUUCCAUUGUUUUGAAUGAGGCAGCGGAGGCUGCAACGGAUAUACAGUCUGCAUAUAAAGUAGCCGAAGCUAAUGACUUCGCUAUUUUCUUAAACGUGGUGGAUUUUUAUCAGAAGAUUUUUGAAGAAGUCGACCCCUCAAAUUUGAAACAGUGGGCUAGCAAGUUGAUACGGUGUCUCGUGGAUAAAUGCAAAAAGUUUCCUUUGAUUAGUGGGUUUUACAAGCUGCUUUCGUUCAUUUUAAAAGUUUGCAACAAGAUAAAUUACUUCGAUGAAUCUAGAAGCAGCGUUGUUCAGGAUGUCCAAAUGUGUAACUCAACUUUAACGAUAUUCGCCAACAGCAUUUUAAGCAAAACGCAAGAGUAUAAAGCAGACUUACUGAUUGCAUGUCUUCAAGUUCUUCUACAGUAUCCGAUUGUUAUAAUCCGGAAAAUAUUACCAGCAUGUGUAGCUUGUUUCAAAACGAUUUUCUAUGUUGGUCGAAAUUACGUACAGUUGGCCAACAUGGCUUUAGAUACGUUGGAACAGUGGCAAAAGGAGAUCAUGUAUGAAGAAAUGGAACCUUUCUUAAUACAGGUUAUACCAUUGCUAGACUAUUACCUACAGAGCAAAUCGUUGGGACGUUUCACGGAUUCCAGUGUUCCCGAAACUAGAAGAAAAACUGCACAAGCGCUGAAGAAACGUAAAGUUUUACUUAACUUUGAAUCAGAACUUACUAGACUUCAAAUAAGGAUUAUAAAAUUUGUUGGUGGACAAAGCAAUGCGUUAUGUGAAGCUUUUGCUUUUCAUGAGGAUGACACGAAUUUGUCUGUUUGGAGUAAUCAGCAACAUCUGAAAAUCGUGUUACCCUAUAAUGAUAUCAAGUUAGAUAUAUACCUUGAUAAACUACUUCCAAGAAUUAUUAACAUAGCACUAAAUAGUUCUGACAGGAAAACUAGAGUUAUGGCUUGUGAGCUACUACAAGCUAUAAUUAUGAUUUUUUUGGGAGCAACAAAACAAAUGACACAAUCUGGUCUCUCCGAUUUAAAUGAAUUAUUGAGACAUAUAUCUGUACCUCUACUGAAGCUCGGAUGUGACAUGGACCCAGUCAUUGAACAACUAUAUAGACCUCUAUGUUUUCAGUUAAUUCAUUGGUAUACACAAGUGUCACAAUUGCGAAGCGAACAUAGCGCUAUAUUCAUUGAGUCGGUUCUGGAAAAUAUAACCCACCCAACUGACACUGCGUUACGAGAUUUCUUAGGCAAAUGCAUCAACGAAUUCGUCAAAUGGACAAUUAAACAAACAAGCGAAAAAAAUUUAGCCAUAGAUCAGAUUAACAUCAAAAUCCUAAUUAAAAAAAUGCGAUUUUACAGCAUGCAUCCAGACCCUUCCAAAAAACUAGGAGCUGCUUUAAUUUUCAAUAACAUAUAUAGAGAACUUCGCGAAGAAACUGCUCUUUUGAGUAUGUUUUGGAUUGAAUUUCUUCACAUCUUUGUUAAAAGUCUUUCAACUUAUGAAUAUGAAGCAACCGACGAAAAUUCAAUUACACACAUAAAUAGCGCCUUAAGCCAUUUAGAAAGAGGCUUUGUGGAAAAAUCCAGUAUGUUUAAUAAGGCGGAUAGACAUCGAAGGAUCCCCGUUGAUAUGGAAGGAGAAACUUUGGAGCAUGUUGUUCUUUGGUUGCUAGAACAAACAGGAUCAUCGAGUCGGUAUUGUCGCGAAAAAUGCAUGGAACUGUUUUGCAGCUUGGCACCAAAAACAACACAAUUUAGCACUCUUCAAACGUUUGUUACAUCUUUCAAAAAAACGAACUGGGUUGUAGAAAUUUAUGAAGCAUUUUUGACGCGGUACCCAACUUUAGAAAAUUUAUCAAAAUGUGAAGGAUUAGGACCAAAUAAAUGGAUGCAAGCGUUUUUGUGUGCACUAGAUGGGUACAAGUUUGUCGUCACUAACAAGCUAACACCCUUGGACAAUAUUUUAACCGAAACUAUUAUCAAUGGCAUUCAUUAUUUCCUCAAUAAACUGUCUAAAGCAACUUUGGAACAAGCUUACAGUCUUAUUGAAGUCAAAGAGUGGUUGUUUACCUCAUUCGAUAUACAAACUUUUGAUAAACAGAGAUCCCAAGCGGCUGUCAAGAUUUUAGAGCUUUUGAACGCUCUCUCGCCCAACUUCCUUUUGUUUUGGACCCCGGAUUUGGGGAAUUUCGUUGUUGAGAUAAUAUUCAAUCGCGAGAGUUUAGGAUUUACAUGUCUGUUACCCGAUAGUAACAUUGAUGGUUACAUUGCACCAACAGUGAAAACGUUUUUGACGAAUUUACCACCAGACAAAGCUGCGGAGUUGCUGAAACUUUUGCAAGGUUAUGUCAACCAGCAUUUAGUAACUGAUAUAGACUUCAACAAGAAUGUUUCUCCCAAACAGAGAAAUCUUCUAAAAGCACUGAACAUGUUGCAGUCGUUUUCACUGACGCAAUUCUCGUUUGAAAACUUCUCUAAUAACUUGAUUCCAACCUUGUUGAACAAGUUUAUCAGAGAAGCAAGAAGUGGAAUUAUUUAUGUCGAUCCAUUUCAGGAUACAAUAUUAACGUACUGUCUAUCAAUUUUUGAUUUUGCUCUUUCUAAUGAAAAUGAGUUUAAGAGUUUUGUUGACUUUUUGUAUAAACCGUACCAAGUUCAAACAGCAGAGUUCAAGCAGCGGAUCCACUUGGGUACUUAUCUUCUGAAGACGUUUGAAGAUUCCGUGAUGGAGAAGAUCGUCAACAAAUUUGAUACGUUUUUAGAUCUAAGUUUGAAGAAUUAUAGUGCGAUAAGUCGAACUAGGGAGCUACUUUUUUAUGUAUUCUUUUACACGGUACCCAAAAGACGACUUAAGUUCGUGAACGAGGCUGCGGUAGCUAAACUCUUGACAACUUGGACUGUUUUUGAGACACAUUUUAAUGAAAAUAACGCCGAAAGCGGUUUGGAUUUUGUUAAGUGUUUGCUUCCUAUACUAAAGUCAUGUAAAUUGUCCAGUGGGCCCGUGAAGAAUUGGUUAGUGAGUCUGUUACAUGCUGAACAAAAUUCAUGGAAAUAUGAGCUUGACUUUAAAGCUGAAGUUUUUCAUUUAUUAGUGGACGUGAUGGAUGAAACAGAUGAUGAUAAUACUAGUCUAAGAGAUGGCUUGUUGAAGGUAAAAAGCAGGUUAUUAUCGGACGUUUCUCCAAUUCCACCAGAAGCCAAAACAAUAUUUUUAGAUAAAUUAUUGUGUUCGGUACCUAAAAUACAAACCCCGGAGCUUCUCAUGUUUUUGUUGGAUCUCUUCGUGAAAAUAGCAACUGAGAAGAGCAGUUCUGAUAUGAACCAUUUCCUGACUGACUACAUAAGAAACACACAACCAACACAGAAAAUUUCACUAUCCAAGUUAUACAGCUUGUAUCUGAACCACGAUUUAGACAAUCUUCAAAGAUAUAAACUAGUCUCUAACACCAUAUCGGUCUUCCAGUAUUGCGAUCUUCUCGUUUUUGAAGAUUUUUUCGUCGACCAUAUUGUGGAAAUGAUAUCCACUUUAAAACAACCAGUUACACGGGAAAACUUGGUUACGAAAAUCUCCUACUGUUUAUUAAUAGAAACGUUAUUCUUUAGAUGUCCAGUUGGAAGUACUGAUACCGAAAUUCAUAGAAUAACACAAGCUGCUCUGCCUGAAAAGCCGAGUAAUAAAGCGUUUUUGUGUCAGUUGCUAAAAAUAACUCUUGACGCUAUUAAAGAUUCUUUUGAUUGUGAGGAAUUCUUCCGUUUGUAUAAGUGUCAUUUAUACAGUGCCAUGGUAUCGAUUGUGAGUAACUCAGUGAAAGAGGUCAACUUCUACACAAAACUUUUUGUACGUCAAGAAAACAAUGUGGAUAUAUUGUGGAAUAAUCUAAUUGACACCAAAAAGAAGUACGUUUUUCAAACAGACUUUGAAACGAUCCCAAACAAAAGAAAAGUUCUUGUAAACAUUAGAGACCAAGUGCGGGCACAAAAGAAAAAGCAGGUUGGUCAGACACAGUCUAUAAGGUACAUAGAAUCGAUGCGACUUUACAAUAGUUCUUUAUCAGAAGACUUUAACAACUUUGACUUCACUAAUACUCUUGUACGCGAACUAAAGCAAAAAAAAUUUAGUGGUGAAACUCCGAUUCAAAGUGAAAUAGAACUAGAUUGUACAGAUGUUAAUAGUCACGAGUGUAUGGCGACUGUGUGUGGACUAAUUGAACAUAUGGUCAAUACAAAUGUCAUAGACUUACCAAGUGAAGAAGCCGAUGACUACGAACUACCGGCUUGGGUCAAUGGGAUCAGAACACUCCUACUAAAUCCAAAAACACACAGUAAUAUUAAAAUAUUUUGGAUCAAAGUUAUUGACAAUAUGAUACAUAUUUUCAAGGAUUUUGCAAAAUGGUUUUUAGAGCCACUUCUAAAAUUCAUUGUAGAUAAGUGUGCUGGAAAUGGUCUUAAUUAUUUCAUAAUUGAUGUGGUUGCUAUUUUGGCCGCUUGGUCUACUAACGUGGUUCCACAAACCGCACAAGAAGUUCAACUUGCGUCCGAUUUGAUUACGUUUUUGAUUAACCACCUUAAUAACGAAAGACAAGAUAUGUUUAAGUACCAUUUGGACUUAAUCCGUUUGCUGAUUGAAGCAUGGAAAUCGUCCAUCACCGUUAGUUAUGACUUACUCUAUUCUAAAUUAAACGUUGAUCCCAAAUCUAAAACAGUGGAGGUUGGAAUACAUUUAUUUUCCAUUUUUUUGGCAAACAAAAUCUUCCCUUGGGAAAACAAAACAACCGAAUUUUGUGAAACCGUAUUCAAUAUUAUUUUGAAAAAUAAUUACAAAAGAACGUACAAACCGUGUUGUGAAAUCAUAGGUCUUUUGUUACGUUUAAAAAACAAAGAUGCAGCUUUAUCCAAAGUUGUCGAUAAUGUCCACGAUCUUUUGAAGAAGAUUGAUCCAAAGAAAUUUGCAGACGUUUUGGAAGCUAUUGUUUUACAUUAUCCCGAAGUAGCGGAUGAGUCUCACAUAAAACAUCUGUUAAGUCAAGUCCAUGGACUACCUAAACCCCUGAAAGUAAUUUACUUGAAAAUCAUUUUAACCAGAAGUAGCAUUACGGAUAAAAUUGAUGAAUUCAAAACAGAAAAGUGGGAUUCGUACAUUAACAACGACGACCUCGAAGUGCAGUUGCUGAGUCUAGAAAUCGUCCACAAGUGUUUGGACGUUUUAAAAGAGUCCGCGCUCUUCAAAUCCAUUAUAAAAGCAGUGUGUACUCACGUAUCAAACUCAAACGUUUUGUGCAGAACACGAAUGUUUGACAUCGUCACACUAAUCUGGCAGAAGGGAACAUACAGCACGGAGAUUCUAGACUUGUGUAAACCAAUUCUUGUUCAAGGACUCACAGAUCCAGAUAACGAAAUUCGUGAAAAAGUUUUUGAUUUCUGGAAAAACCACCACGAGUUGCCUUCACCCAUCGCAGCGCGAUUUACAUAUGUUUUGUCAAACUUGUAUGAAGUGGCCACAGAAAACGACUUUCUGGGUUAUAGUUCGCACCUCCUCUUGGAUAGUAUCAAGCAGUCGGACGAAUACAAAGAAUCUCUCUUUAAACAUCCUUUGGAAGACUGUGAUUUUGAAAAACACGAGCUUCAGACUAACUGGCGUCUUCGACACCUGUCUGUAGUGCCGUUAUUUGCCGAAACUGUGAGAACUUUUGAUCCAGAUUUUGAGAAUAUGGAUUGGGACAUGAGCAAACUUCGUCAGACUCAAACUGCUCGUGAGUUUGCUCAGACUCAAAGUGUUCGAGAUAAGCAGUUUUCACAGUACACGAUGAGUGAGAGUAGUCUUUAUGUAAAACGCGAUGAAGAGAGGGUUAAUCCUUAUUUGGUACCACUAUCACACAAGUACCAAAUUCCUAAGCGACGAUUUCCUAGAGAUAAGUCGCAGAUCAGAAGCUAUUUUGCUGAGCAGGAAGUGAGGAAAUCGGUGCAGAAAACGGAGCAGAGGAAAGAUUUAGUAGAAGAACGUGAAUAUAAAGUCGUUAUUUAUCGUAGUUAUAAGAAAGGAGAUUUCCCAGAUGUUCAAAUUACUCUGCAGGACGUGUUGGAACCACUUCAAGCCCUUACCUUGCAUGACGGCGAAAUUUCAAAAAUCUUGUAUUCUCAACUAUUCCAAAACGUAUUACACAAAGUGAGAAGUGAUCAAGCUUUUUUGGAGCCAGUUUCAGUUGCCAUUGAAGCCAUUUUUAACAACUCGACUCAAUUUAAUCGAAACUUGUUUCGAACUUUAUUUGAUGCACUUCUGCAGUGCAAAAGCUCGAUAGUACUUCCUGCUGAUUUAAUAGUCUCGGUUUGUCAAUCUAGCGGCUUAAGAACUUUAGGUGUACUACUUUUAGAAGAAUAUCUUACAUCUUCCAAUUCUUCAUCCUUGGAUCCACAAGAAACCACCAAUGAAAUCAGUCUGUGGAUAAGCCUUGCAGAGUUAUACAAAGAUAUGGACGAUUGGGAUGUAGUCAAAUCCAUCUUUCUUGAAAAAACUGAUUGCCCAGAAAGUGUCAAAACCGCUCUCGUUGCAGAAUCUCGCAAGCAGUGGAGAAAUGCUCAAGAUGAAUACGGGAAACUCAUUCAAACCGACGAGAAUUUACAGAGAAAGGGUUUUUAUUACGAAUCAUAUAUCAAAUGUUUUGCACAUUUAGGAGAAUGGGAUAAAGUGGUAGAACAAAUUGAUUCCCUUGUUGGAAAGAAUUGGGACAGUUUGUGGGACCAAGGUUUCAAUCAACACAAAUUAAUGCCUUGGUACAUCAGUGGACAAUUAAAGAACUCCUUGUUCACUAAGAACGCAUCAAACCAGUUUCUCUCAAGUCUCAACGAAAGUGUCAAUUCUGAUCGGUUGGACUAUUUGGAAAACCGUUUCUGUGAAGAAAUUGCUAUGCUGUGGAUUUUACAGAAAGAAAGUGACGAAGCUGAAAAGUAUUUGAAAAUGUAUUUGAAUAAGUUCUUGGAUAAUUGGCAACAGCUGGACUUAUUUUAUUCCAAUCUUCGCUAUAAUCAGUUGUUGAAGUUGCGCAACAUAAUUGACACCAACGACUUUCUGUCAGUGUUCAACAAUUUGAACGUGAAAAACGUAGAAAGAGUACAAGAUUUGAUUAAUCGUUGGACCAGAACGGCUAACGAAAAUGUACCAUCGAUCUUAUAUUGCGAAGAAAAAGUAUUAUAUCGCAAACAGUUUCUAAAUUUGCUUGUAGACAAAAUAAAGUCAUACAAUGCGCAAGAGUUAGAAAAUAUCGUUCCUGAUCUAAACCAACUAAGGUUUAAUUUAGAUGAAGGCCUUAUGGAUAUUGGAAUUGAACAAAAUAAUUUUUUCAUGACGAGAAAAUACCUCCGUAGUUACAGUAAACACAAUAUCCUGAAACUUGAAGUGGUACUCAGUAAAAUGGCUUACCUGAAGUCAUCAAUGUUAGACGACCCCACCAUUAAGUUAGAUGUUUUGUUAAAAGGUUGCAAACCGCUGGGAAAAAUAUUUCAAGUACCAGGCCAGUCACCGCUGAAAGCUUUAGCACAUUUUCAUCUUUUUCAACAGCUGAAUGAAAUUUCUUCUAUUUUUCGGAACGACAACGAAUUCUUUCAACGUUUUCUCAAUGAUGAUCAACAUUGUCAGCAGAAACAGUUCCUUACAAGCUUGAUUGAAGCUGACAGUAUUUCUUCAGUUGAAGAUCCCGCACUAUUUGGAGCAGAAAUGUUAAAACAAUUUCUUCCCUUUUAUGAAACCGAGAUAGAAAACGCUAUGGAAACUGACACAAGCCAGUCAAACCGAGAGUACGACACAGUAGCACAUGCUUACGUCCAGCUUGCUUAUUUUGCAAAGAAACAGGGAGAAUCUUAUUUCAGUGACUUUAUGCUUUGUGUUUUAAGAGCCAUGAAGUUCAAUUCGUCCGAGGGACGACAGUUAUUUCCGUGUAUAAUAAUGGAGAAGGAGUUUGAAGACGAAGACAAGGAACAAUUUAUUGAAGAAACGAGUAAACUACCAGUGUGGAUGUUCCUCGGUUGGAUUCCUCAAAUUUUAGUCACCCUUGAUUCCCCAAAAAUUUCAGCAGUAGCACCACUUGUUCUGAAAAUAGCAAAAACUUACCCACAAGCUAUUAUGUACGCAUACAGAUUAAGUAAAGAAAAUUACAAGUCAGACUACACGGAAUUUAACGAAUUAAUCGAGAAGUUGGACAAUAUUUUGCUUAGUGAUAGCAGAAUUGACGAAUUUUUGAAAGCCCUCCCAUUUGUUGGAGUACCAGCCUCCAUUUUAAUGUACUUUAAUCGCAAAAUAGUUAAAUCUAUUCAAACAGAAGACUUGGCUCAGGCUAAACGCUUGUUAGAAUAUCUUUUAGAUAAUCUGUUUAAUUGUGAACCGGAUUCGCGUGAUGUUUCUUUAAUGCAAGGAAAUAUGUUUAAGAAAAUCACAAAGUUUAGUGAAGAUUUUAAGAACUUACUUGAUCGUUUGAGUUCCACCCAGAGUGCAGAUUUAAUCGAACCAUUAAAGAAUAUUAAUAAAGAAUUGAGUGCAACUUUACAAAAUGAGGGUGAAGCAAAGAAAAAUUCAAAAUUACUGAAAGACUAUUGUCCUUGGUUGUCUAAUUUUUCUGCCCACAAAAUGGACGUUGACUUGGAAAUACCGGGUCAGUAUGAUGGCAACAAACUCCCACUGACUCAACACCACGUCAAAAUAUCUGGUUUUAACCCAAACGUUUCAGUCAUGCCAUCUCUCCAGAAACCUAUAAAAAUCACCAUUUUGGGAAACGACACCAAAGAAUACCCGUUUCUUAUCAAAUUCGGUGAAGACAUACGACAGGAUCAAAGAAUACAACAGCUGUUUUCAUUGAUGAAUAAUAUUUUUGAUAACGAUAAGUCACUAAUAAGUGGCAAGAAGUUCUCCAUUCUUACAUACCAAGUGAUACCUCUAACGACAAAUUUGGGUUUAAUACAGUGGAUUGACAACACGAGUUCUUUACAAGACUUCGUCAAGAAAUCACUCACAGACUCUGAGUCUGUAAAAAAUUAUGAGCAACUUUUUCAAAAUUAUCACGAAUGGGUACACAAGUUUUCAAAUGAAGCUUUCGAUGCUUAUGGUAGUGCAGCCGUGAAAUACACACGCGAUAAAGUGGUACCCAAAUUUCAGUCACUAGCGAGUUCCAUUGAGUUGAACGUUUUCAAGACACAGUUUUUGAAACUGAGUACCAACAUUGAAAGCUUUUUCGCUCUACGUAACAACUUCAUCACAUCAUACGCCAUAAUGUGUGUCAGCCAGUGGAUACUUGGAGUUGGUGAUAGACAUCUGUCCAACAUUUUAAUCUGCUUAAAAAAUGGUAAAGUUCUGGGUGUCGACUUUGGCCACGCCUUUGGUACAGCCACACAGAUUCUACCAAUCCCAGAAUUAGUACCAUUCCGACUAACACCCCACAUAGUCAGCCUGAUGAAACCUCUAGGCGAAAAAGGGUUAUUCAGAGAAGUCAUGAUCCACUGUUUGAGGGCCUUCAGAUGCAACAGUAGUUCCUUAUUGGCUACAAUGAAUGUUUUUAUUAAAGAACCGUCACUUGAUUGGUUAGAGCAUGCUUCGAAAUUUGGAGAGAAUAUAGAUCCUACCAAGUCCAAGUGGUACCCGAUUCAAAAAAUUGGUCAAGCUGAAAGAAAGUUACGUGGAGCUAAAUCCACUACUACCAUGGUCGAAGAUUUAAGAGCAGGACACCAAAAGAAUCAGCAGUAUAUGGAAGCGUACAUUAAACUAGUGGAGGGUGUGACGGAAUUUGAUCUUAGAGCCAGGAAAGAAGGAGACACUUUGACGGUGGAAGAUCAGGUUGAUUGUUUGAUAGAUCACGCCUCUGAUUAUAAUUUGCUUGGGCGAAUGUUUGAAGGAUGGGCUGCUUGGGUCUAACUUUGCUUUGUUUUUUACUUUGUAUUUUCUACAACAUUUAUAAAUAAAAAUAUUUUGUUAGUGUA